UUUUACUUUAUAGUUUAACCGUGUACGGGUACUUAACUGUUAUUUUGUACACAUGACAUUUAUUUGACAUUUCCUAUCUAAAGCCUAAUAAAUAAAAAAAAGUUUAAAAAAAUUUCUUUCGUCGGAUCUGUCAAUCCGAAAACAUGGCUCCGCGAUUUGAAAUUGCAGUCGGUCUGCGAAAAGGCCACAAAACAACCAAAAUAUCUGCCGGCAGAAAAGGUAUUACAGACAAAGCGAUAAAAAUCAGACCGGCCAGACUAAAGGGUUUGCAAACAAAACACUCCAAGUUUGUCCGUGAUCUGGUACGAGAGGUAGUUGGCCAUGCUCAAUAUGAAAAGAGGGCUAUGGAAUUGCUUAAGGUGUCAAAAGACAAGCGGGCCCUAAAAUUCCUGAAGCGCCGACUGGGCACACACAUCCGCGCCAAGAGGAAGCGUGAAGAACUGAGCAACGUGCUCGCGCAGAUGAGAAAGGCGGCCGCGCAGGCGCACCACGCCACCACACACACUAAGUGAACCAUAAUAAACUAAUCUAACUCCA